CCAGCACAAGCCACUGACCUGCCUGUGGUUCAGCCCAGCAGCCAACAAGAACAGGCCAGCUCUCAGUUUGUGGCCCAGUUCAGCAGCCAUCUAGCACAAGCCAGCUACCCACCUGUGGCUCAGCCCAGUGUCCAACAAGCACAAGCCACUGACCUGCCUGUGGUUCAGCCCAGCAGCCAACAAGUUCAGGCCAGCCAAUCUGUUGCCCAUUCCAUUGGACAGCAACCAGCACAGGGCAGCUAUGUCUGUGGCACAGCCCAGUAGCCUGACUCUUUUCAAGCCCCAUAACGGUAGGCUUCAAUUUGGUUCUAAGCUCUUUUCUGGUACCAGGCCACUCCAGAAUCCAAGUCAUAGUGCUGUAGUUCAGUCCAGUAGCCAACGACCAGCACAAGCCAGUUACCAGUCAGUGGUCCAGCAAACAGCAUCAGCAGAAGCCGGUUACCCAUCUGUGUCUCAGUCCAGUAUCCAACAACCAGCACAAGCCACUGACCUGCAUGUGGUUCAGCCCAGCAGCCAACUACUAGAACAGGCCAGCUCUCAGUCUGUUGCCCAGGCCAGCAGCCAGCAAUUCCCACAGGCCACUGACCUGUCUGUGGUUCAACCCAGCAGCCAACAACUAGCUCAAGCCAGUUCUCAGCCCAGUGGACUACAAGGAGUACAGGCCAGCUAUCUAUCUGUGGCUCAGCUCAGCAGCCAGCAACUCCCUCAGGCCGUUGACUUGUCAGUGUCCCAGCCCAGCAUCCAACAACCAGUUCAAGGCAGUGGCCAGUCUGUAGCCCAAACCUCCAGCCAGCAACUAGUUCAGGCCAGCCAAUCGGUUCAGUCCAGUGGACCGCAACUGGCACAGGGCAGCUAUAUGUAUGUGGCACAGCCCAGUAGCCUGACUCUUUUCAAGCCCCAUAACGGUAGGCUUCAAUUUGGUUCUAAGCUCUUUUCUGUUACCAGGCCACUCCAGAAUCCAAGUCAUAGCUCUGUAGUUCAGUCCAGUAGCCAACGACCAGCACAAGCCAGCUACCAGUCAGUGGCCCAGACUACUGUCCAACAACCAGCACACGCCAGCUACCAGUCUGUGGCCCAGUCCAGUGGCUUGCAAGCAGCACACACCAGCUACCAGUCUGUGGCUCAGCCAAGUGUCUUAAAACCAGUGCAAGCCAGCUAUCAGUCUGUGUCCCAAACGGUUAGGCCACAAGUUGCACAAGUCAGCAGCCAACAGUCACCACAAGCCAGCUACUCUGUGACGCCGCCAAGCAGCCUGCAAACAGCACUAUCCCGCUACCAGUCUGCAGUCCAGCACGGUGAACAAACUGUUUUCAGGUCACUGCAGGCCCAAGGGGGACAACUUUAUCAGGUUGGCGCCAAACUUUAUUCAUGCCAGGAGUAUGUAUUGCAGCCCAGUUACCAGCUUGCAGCCCAACCAGGAUGGACUGAAUAUCAGCCUCCAUCCAGACCAGCAUCUCCAUCCUUAGCUCAGAGCAUCAAACCUGUUGUACAACCUAGUUACCAGGCCCCAGUAAAGCAUGGGCAGGACACCUAUGUGUCUGUGGUGUCACCCAGCAGCCAUGUCCCUCCUGGACCACUGCAAUCAACACUCCAGUCCACUUUCAGACUAGCACAACUGCCUGAACAGCCUAGCUACCAGCCUCCAGUUAUUCCAAGCCGACAGCCUCUUGCUAAGCACAGACUGCCCAGUUAUGGUUCUGUAUCACAGCUCAGUGGACUGCAAUCUGGACCUUUGAGGCAAUUGCAACAGCCUGGCUACCAACCUCUGGCCAAGCCAAGGCAAGAUGUGUAUCAGCCCCUAGUUAAGCCUGUGCAAUCCAGCUACAAACCCUCAAGCAAGCUAGAACCAUCUAUCUACCAGCCUCAAAUGUUGCCUAACCACCAGUCACUAGCUCAGUCUGGCUACUCUUCCCCAGUCAUGCCAAAACAAUCCGGAUACCAGGCACAGUCAAGUUCUGAGACCAUCUCUCAGUCUGGAUACCUGAUGUCUUCUAUGGCAGGGCAGUCCGGUUCCCAGCCUCAAAUGCUGCCUAGCCGCCAGUCACUAGCUCAGUCUGGCUACUUAUCCCCAGUCAUUCCAGUGCAGUCUCGGUACAAGCCCCAGGUACAGUCAAGUUAUGAAACGGUAUCGCAGCCUGGUUUCCAAACAUCUAUGCCUGGGCAGUCAGGUUACCAAUCUGUAUCCAGAUCAAGUUCCCAAGCCCUGGUGCAGCCCAGUAGUCGCUUUAUUUCAAGCUAUGAGUCUGUGUCUCAGUCAGUGCAACCUGGGCUUCAGUAUCCAGCACUGAAUUAUCAGCCCGUCACAAACCAGAAUGCUCCUGGACCAGCUCAAAGUAGCCAGCAUUUGUCCCAAAGCAGAUCCAGGUUGUUGCAACAAGUGAAGUCAUAGCUGUUUACUUGUGUUUGCAGUUUUCUGGUUGUGGAUAAUGUUCGUUUUGAAAGUAUCAAUAAAAUGUCAUUAGCAAGUG